CUUGGUCUCUAUAAAAGGGUGACCUGUGUCGCAGGAUCAGAACACAGUGUCCAUCACGGACUCUCCCUCUGCAUCGCCACUCCUCAAUAAAACCAUGUCGUCCAGGUCCGUCCGGAGCUUCUCCAGCAACAGGCAGGCCUCUAUAUCCAGCCUGUCUCUGAGGGAUGCUGGACACGUCCGAUCCAGGGCACCCGUUGCCGCUUCCUCAGUCAGUAACGUCUCCAUGUCCCGCUCCCUGUCUGUGGGCAACGGCCUCAACUCCCUGGCAAGUCUGUCCCUCAAUGGCGUGGGAGUCGUGGGCAACGACAAGGAGACCAUGCAGGGCCUUAACGACCGUCUCGCUAAGUACUUGAAUAAGGUGCGCUCGCUGGAGAGGUCCAACACCGAGCUGGAGCAGAAGAUCAAACAGGUGAUGAUGGAACGAGCUCCCAAGGGACGUGACAUCGAGGCCAUGAUGGUUGAGGCGAGAGCCCUUUCAAACGAGGUGAAAAACAAAACCAUGGAGAAUGCGCGCAUUUUGCUGGAGAUCGACAAUGCCAAGCUGGCUGCAGAUGACUUCAGAAUCAAAUGGGAGGCUGAGGCUGCCCUUUGCCAGUCGGUGGAGAGAGACUGCGUGGCGCUGAGGAAAGCGAAGUCAGACCACGAGCAGAUCAUUGUUAUGCUAAAGGGAGACCUGGACAACCUCAGGGAGGAGCUGUUCUUCAUGAAGAAGAACCACGAUGAGGAAAUGGCUGCCCUGAAAGCCCGUCUGUCCAGUGGAAACGUGAACGUAGAGGUGGAAUCUGCCCAGGGGCCCGACCUCGGGGUCAUCAUGUCCGAGCUGAGGAUCCAGUAUGAAGGAAUUAUUCGGAAGAAUAAGGAGGAGGCGGAGCUCUGGUUCAAGAAAAAGCUAGAGCCGGUGCAGAGCGAACUGAAGGGGAACAACGAGGCCCUGAUGACCUCCCAGAACGAGCUCACUGAAAGACGGCGCUAUCUGCAGGUCCUGGAGGUGGAGCUGGACAGCUUGCGGAAGCAGGUGGCUGUCCUCGAGGGGAACCUGGGUGAGACCAACCAUAAAUAUUCCUUGGAGAUGGAGCGACUGCAGGUUAUCCUCUUGCAGCUGGAGGACGAACUGUCCCAGCUGCGGCUUGACAUGCAGCGCAACAAGGCAGAGUACGAGCAGCUGUUACGCGUCAAGCAGAACCUGGAGCUGGAGAUCGCCACCUACAGGCGGCUGCUGGAAGGCGAGGAAAUGUCUGGAAGUAAAGUCAAGCAGGUGACUCAGGUGACUCAAGUGACAGCACAUAUCCCACCUAAGGUCAAGGAGACACCACCUCCACCUCCACCCCCCGCCCCCGCCCCCGCCCCCGCUCCCGCUCCCGCCAAGAAGGAAUUUAGGACCAGGAAGAUUGUGAAGGUGAUCACCCAGACCAUGGUUGAUGGCAAAGUGGUGGAAGAAUCCAGCGAAGUUGAGAACGUUGAAGAAAUGAAAAACUGAAAGGGACCAGGCUCCUUAUUGCCCAUGUCAGUUUGGAACAUUACAUCCCAUUCUCCUCCCAGUUUCAUACUUCCUUGUGGAGAGCAUUAUAAAGAAUGGGUACUCUACAGUUCUGGGCUCUGCUUGGCUCAGAUCUGUAACCCUUUCUGGCUCUGUCCAGGAAUUUCUCUCACACUAACACCCUGACUCUAUGACUGCUUCUUGCCUUGGUUUAAAGUUACUAAAUAUAUAUCAGGUUAUACGAGACUUUUCUCCAUCUUUGUGUACUUUCAACUUGUUAAUUUUGUUAAUCAGCUGAAAUCCAUAAUAAAUCUACAUAAAUCUUC